AUGUCUACCACUUCUACUUCUGCACCAUCUACUUCCAAUAAUAACAUCAAAAAUCUCGCAUAUAAUAUUCUAAAAACCUUCAAAGAUGGUAUUAUUAAGGGUAAAAAAAUUACAGAACUAGGGCCAUGCUCCGAAUGUGGCAAUGAUAUUUUAAUAUUUCCUCUCAAGGCAUUCACAUACCUAACAUACGGACACCUUUUUCAUAGACUCUGUAUCAAAAAAAAGCUUUUACUUACUGUUCCAAACACGUGUCCAUUCCCGGGUUGUGGAAAGAAUAUGGAAAUAUUAAAUCAAGCUAGUCCCCUUGGUACUGUUUCCAAUUUGCCAUUAACUGAUCCCAAGAAGGCCUCCCAAUCAACUGGAAUUUCACCUUUGAUGGGCGAAACAUUCAUCCUAUCUUCACCACCUAUACGGAUGGAAGAGAUCGAGGGUACGGCAAUCCAACAAGUUGAAAGUAAUUUGAGGUGCGCCAAAUGUUCUAAAGAUCUUUCUUCAUGUCUCCCACUUAUAGACUUUCUUCGGUUCUCUCCUCAACUUCAAGAUCUCUUGAAACCACUUAUAUACUUAACCUGCAAACAUAUUAUCCAUUACAAUUAUCUAAGGGAGUGA